AUUUUAAAAACUGAUAAAAAAUUUUUUUAGGUAAAAUAGUCAAGCAAGUAAGACUAAAAAAUAUACAACUUUCUGGCGAGGAAUAAAUUAGGAAUACUCCCACAUUUAGUUCCACAAACGUAAAAUAGCUAAAAUCACAUCAGGACCACAAGAUUAUAACAGUGGUCUUCAAAGGAGGUUUGCCUUUUUGAACCUGAGACAUUUAGUUUGCUGUGCUCCUGACAGUUUGAAUUGAGAGAAGGAUGGAGAGAAGGAUGUUAGAGCUGUCUGGAAGAAAACCUCAAAUUAAAUGUGAAGCAUGGAGGGGGAAAUCUCAUGGCUUGGGAAUGCCUUAUAUAUCUAAACAGCUCAACAUCAUUUCUGAGCAUGGAUUGUGCCAUCUAUUGAAGGGUGCUUGCUGAACAUGUGAGAUCAUCUGUCAAAAUAAAAAAAGCUAUUGCAGUCUGUAGUGAGAAACCAGGUAAAAAGCCUUCAACAGUGCUUUGCGCAUGUAGCUUUGAUCUCAAUAUGUUGCAGUGGUAAAACUUGAUUCCAAAGUGCUUACCAAUAGAUCUUCCUGCUUUGUUUAUUUUGUCAUGAUCAUGAAAUUGUAGGUUCUUUGAAGGCCAGUAUUGCUACCAUUAUUUCGGUGUGACUCCACAGAGCUCUGCUUGUCUCCUGUCAUGGUCUGAAAACUUCUGCAUGCACCCACAGUCACAAAUUCUUUCAACCUCACUCAGGUCUGGAGGAAUGUUGAGUGUCUCUAGCCCUUCUCCCUGGAGAUUAGAGCUCCCCAUGCAUGGCCUCUCUCCUCUCCUCAAACUCAUUCCAUAGUGUGCCCCCUAAGAGCUGCUGCAUUUUUAUCUGAGCCCGGUGAUUGUGACAGAUUGGGCCAAUGAUGCACUCACACACACACACAUUUGAGUACACACAUGUUCGAGGCUCUAUCAGAGGGGAGGUUGCUUUGCCAAGGGAGGGACAGACAGUGCCAGGCUUGGGGUAUAAAACCCUCCCAGGAUGAGACCGGAGUCCUCCCCUAAGCUGGACUCUUUCUCAGUCCUUUGUGCCAGGACACUGUCAGGACCGGCAACAGACGAGCCGCCAGCAUGAAUGACAUCUACAAAGCAGCGUGUCUGUUCAGUGUGUCCCCUCCAUCACCAGCUGGUAUCAAACAUGUUUGUGGAUCUUUAACCAUAUUGGAAGAGGUGGGAGCCAUUUAUUGGGGUCAGUGAGCGGACAUGUCCCCGGUCAUCACUCUGCUGCUUCAUUCUUGACUUCAAAUGGACCAGUCCUGCCUCCCAGGGCUAAUUUUGGCAAGUUGCUCAAACGAUUCUGCUUCUGCAGUGCUCUGGUCCCAUAGAGGGCCUUCAGGUUUAGAUAAACUCCUCCUCCACUGGAUUCCAGCACUAUCUGUGAUCCUGAAAGCUCGGCUGUCGUGUGUCGACCCCCGUCCUGCUGGACAGUGGACCCGGUCGUCUUGUUCCCUCACAUCCCAGCUGAGCAGGACAUCUAAGACAGUAAAGGUUGAACAGCUGACAGAUGAACAGAAAAAUGAGUUCAAGGCCGCCUUCGACAUCUUUGUGCAAGACGCAGAGGAUGGCUGCAUCAGCACCAAGGAGCUGGGAAAGGUUAUGAGGAUGCUCGGUCAGAACCCCACGCCAGAGGAGCUGCAGGAGAUGAUAGACGAGGUGGAUGAAGAUGGGAGCGGCACGGUGGACUUUGAUGAGUUCCUGGUCAUGAUGGUGAGAUGCAUGAAGGACGACAGCAAAGGGAAGACAGAAGAAGAGCUCGCUGAGCUCUUCAGGAUGUUUGACAAAAAUGCAGAUGGUUACAUCGACCUGGAUGAGCUGAAAAUGAUGCUGGAAUCCACAGGAGAAGUGAUCACUGAGGAUGAUAUUGAAGAGCUGAUGAAAGACGGGGACAAGAACAAUGAUGGCAAAAUUGACUAUGAUGAAUUCUUGGAGUUCAUGAAAGGAGUGGAGUAACCCUGAGCUGGAGAGGAUAAAAGUUAUUUUGAGUGUCACUGUGACUCCACAGUCAUCUGUGGAAAACUGGAUUUGGCUGCAGUUGAUGGAAAGCAAUGGGUCAGCAAUGCAAACACUGUAUCUGAUUUUUUCGUCUUUUGUAUUUUCUAUCAUAUCUUCCAUUGUUGAAGACACAGUUUUUGACUUUCAGUACAUUGAAUCUGUGUAAACGUGUCUAGAUCACUUAAAAUGUUUGUUGAGACCAAAUAUUAUUUCCCCCAUAUAGCUGAUUUAUGUUGGGUUUUUGUAUUAUGCUUCUAGGUAAAUAUAAUUUUUCAAAGGUUGCAGUCCAGUUCCCAAAAUAAUGUUGAAGAUGUAAAUAAACGCAAAGUAAACUCUUGUUGGAAUAAUCAUUUUAUCCAUAAAAUGCGCCGGAUCCAGUGAGUGUGCAUGCCAUGAUGUACAGUUUCUCUGUGUCUAAAGUCCCAUCAGGAUAUUUCAUUCUGUCCAGGUAUGACUGUCUGUUGCACUUGUAAGGUGCACUCAUGUAAUAAACAAAAUCCGACCAACAAUAAGA